UAUACCGGUAUCUCAAUUUGGUAUAUUUACAGGGGGAAAAAAACCGGAACCCUAGACUCGCUCGUAACAGUAUAACUGUAUAAGGUCUCAUUUUCGUGUGCUCUCGUCGCGAUUACUCUCUUUGAGCUCUCUCUCUCUCUUCUAACAUCGGUCUUGUAUUGGUGCUUAUUGGAUAUCUCCGGCGAAGGAAACGAGUUUCGCGGUUAGAUUUUUCUUUAUCGCUUACCGGCGAGGAUGAUCGUUUCUUCGGUAAGGUCGAUUAAUCGGUUCUGUUUUCGAAGAUGUUGUUGUUAGAGUUAGAUCCGCAUGGUUUUGGUGAUCGUUUUGGAUCGAAGACGUGGUUCCACAGACGCAAAAAAUGCCGUCGUCUCUUGCUUUGAGAUUUGGCUUCUGAAAUCUUUCCUCUUUCGUUCUCGUUGAAUCCUAAUUUUUGUUUUGUCUUUUUUAGAAAUUUUUGGUCUUUCUAAUCCUGGGGAUAGGUUACAGUCUCCGAUUGUAAAUAGAAAUUUGCGGCGAGGUUAGGAAAAGUUGUACAGAUAGAGAUUGAGCUCUGAAACACAUCUCAGGAACAUUUUUUGUUCCUUGUUUAAAAAAGUUUUUUUUUUUGUGUGUGUUUCUCUGGGUUGGUUAGAAAGUGGCGAAGAUGAAUUUGGGUGCGGCCGAGGAAGAAUCGGCUCAGGAGAUUCAUUUACCAGCUGAUAUCAAUUGGGAGAUGCUUGAUAAAUCCAAGUUUUUCGUUUUAGGCGCUGCUUUGUUUUCAGGGGUAUCUGGAGCUCUUUAUCCUGCGGUUUUGAUGAAAACUCGGCAACAAGUGUGUCAUUCGCAAGGUUCUUGUAUUAAAACUGCGUUUACUCUUGUGAGACAUGAAGGUUUAAGGGGAUUGUACAGAGGAUUUGGAACUUCUUUGAUGGGAACUAUCCCUGCUCGUGCUUUGUACAUGACUGCCUUGGAGGUUACUAAGAGUAACGUAGGCUCUGCUGCUGUCAGCUUGGGGUUGACAGAGGCUAAAGCUGCUGCUGUUGCUAAUGCGGUUGGAGGUUUGAGUGCUGCGAUGGCUGCACAGCUUGUUUGGACUCCUGUUGAUGUGGUUAGCCAAAGGCUUAUGGUUCAAGGAAGUGCUGGUCUUGUUAAUGCAUCAAGGUGUAAUUAUGUUAACGGGUUUGAUGCAUUUAGAAAGAUCGUUCGCGCUGAUGGACCGAAGGGGUUAUACAGAGGGUUUGGGAUAUCGAUUCUGACUUAUGCGCCGUCUAAUGCUGUUUGGUGGGCGUCUUACUCUGUUGCACAGCGGAUGGUUUGGGGUGGAAUUGGGUGUUAUGUCUGUAAGAAAGACGAAGAAAGCGGGAACAAUAGUACCACGAUGAAACCAGAUUCUAAAACGAUAAUGGCUGUUCAAGGAGUUAGUGCUGCGAUUGCUGGAAGUGUUUCUGCUUUGAUUACAAUGCCACUCGACACAAUCAAGACGAGAUUGCAGGUUCUUGAUGGGGAAGAUAGUAGUAACAACGGGAAGCGUGGACCGAGUAUUGGACAGACUGUAAGAAACUUGGUUAGAGAAGGUGGAUGGACGGCUUGUUAUAGAGGAUUGGGACCAAGAUGUGCUUCAAUGUCAAUGUCUGCAACAACUAUGAUCACUACCUACGAGUUCUUGAAACGGCUUUCUGCUAAGAACCAUGACGGGUUUUAUUCUAAAUCAUAGUGAUAACAACUGGGAAUCCACAUAGAAGAAUCUUUUAUGGAAAUGUCUCUAGUUUUCUUACUUAUCUUGUUCUUUAUCUAGCUCUUCUGCUAUUUCAUUUGUUUCCAGUCAUAUGUAAGGAAUGUGUUAAAUUCAGUUGUUUUUAAAUAAAUAAAUGUUCUUUCCACA